GCUUCUACAAAUAAUGACUAAAAUAACCCUGGGCUGUGGGCUGCUGACUGCAUUCACGUCGGCCUGUCUCUGGAGUGAGCUAUGAGACACAGGCCUGGCGUAUAUCCAGUUAUAUCUGCUCAUCCAGUUCAGACCUCCAAUGUCCACUGCUGCGUGCAAACAGGCACAGAUCACACGGCAUCCGUUGGGCCUUCCCACACUGAGAGGAACAGGGCUCUACCUGGGAGCCCCUGAAGACCUCUGAUCAGGCUCAGAAGAUGGCUCUGGCUGUCAAGUUGAGAAGGGACUGCAGGUGAAAAAGGUGGUGGGAGAUGUCCCCAGGAGGCUGCUGUGGGGAUUCUGUGUUCCAUGGUUGGAUUGGCAAGCUUCCAUUGGGCACCACAGCAGGAGGAUACAGUGAAGGAGAGAAGGGAGACCGAGAUGCUGAAGUUACACAGCUCACUGAAGAGAGAACGCUAGAACGCCACAGACUGAGAGGCGAGGAGAAUAAGGGUGACCAUGAAACCCGUGAUCCCAGGAGGAAAGGGAAGAGCACAUUUCAAACCCUCGGGAAAGAAGUGUGCCUCACAGAUCCUUUGAUGUGUCCUGUCCCCAGUGCUGUUCACCGAGAGCCCCUCUGCUGUGAGUACCAGUCCAGAUUUGGGGGCCGCCUACCGGUGCCCAGGACUGAGGCAGCACUACCUUACUGGGUCCCUCUGUCCCUGAGACCCCAAAAGCAGAUCCAAAAGAUGGUCCAGACUGAUAUCCCCAAAGCCACCAAGGCGUGCCCCUGCCCAGAUCACCACUCUGGGGGCUAUCUCCCGAUGCCUAGGGAUCAGGCUGUGAUGCCCUACUGGGUGCCCCGGGUCCUGAGGUCUUGCAAGAAGAUCCAAAAUAUGGUCCAGACUGAUAUCCCCAAAGCCACCAAGGCGUGCCCCUGCCCAGAUCACCACUCUGGGGGCUAUCUCCCGAUGCCUAGGGAUCAGGCUGUGAUGCCCUACUGGGUGCCCCGGGUCCUGAGGUCUUGCAAGAAGGUGGUGAAAAGGCAGCAGAGUUUUAAAAGCAUUAAAGAAUCCCCCCUGGACUCACACUCCUGGCACCACCGCUGGCGGAUCUGCUGCAGCAGACACCUCCUCCUCAAGUGGCUGCAGCUCCAGGCCCUUCACCAGGAAGGGCAGCUGGCCCCGGAGAGGAGAGUGAUCCCCCAGCCCUCCUUCCUGCCUCUCUGCCUCAGCUUCCUGGCCUUCCUCCAGGCUGUCUUGAGGGCCAUCUCGUUCAUUCGCCAUUUUUGGGGGGUUUGAAGCUGGAAUCUUCAGCUAGUAUCAAGAACAUCAACAAAAAUGUCAAUCAUAAUCAAGGUCUUUAAUGAAAGUUGUUAAAUCAGGAGGAGUCUGUGAUAGCCACUCUUUUCACAGAUCACAUAAUUCACACCCAAGAUUCAAUCCAAGUUAUUUCUCAUGGGGGGAUUCUUGGUUGUACAGAGUUGCUGUGAAUGCGGGUGAGAUUCUGUUAUAAAUGUAAUCAAUAAAUGUUAUUUGUGAAACUCUAAA